AUGGCCUCCUCACAGCUCCACAAUUUUCUCCUUCUGGGCAUUGAUAACCUCGUCUGGGUGCCGCUGGGUGUCAAGUAUGGUAAACGGGCUUCAAUAAUCCUCGCAACGCUGAUGCUCUUCAUUGUUCUCAUUGCAACAGCCAAGACGACAACUUACAAUGGACUGCUGGCUGCAAGAUGCUUGUCUGGCUUCGCCGCUGCCGCCGGUGAGUUAAACAGGCGCCCUCUCGUAUGGACACUAUGGAUACUGAUAAGGAGAUACAGCAUCGCCCCUGGCAUAGUCUCAGAUAUCCUUUUUCUUCAUCAACGCGCUGCCAUGAUGUCCGGGCAAGUCAGACCACCAUUUCGUAUCGCAUAUACCUUCAUACUAAAUAGUCGUGUUGAUAGUUACACAAUUCUCGUGUCCAUGGCGACAGCUAUAGGUCCACUGGUUGCUGCAUUCAUAGUACAGUAUAGCCCUGGCAGCUGGGUUGACUACGUGUGGGUUUGUGCAGCCUUGGCCGGCGCGAACCUGGUGGCCAUUUACCUUCCGUGCCCUGAAUCGAACUUCGUCAGACCAGAGGCACUUUCUCGCAGCAUUCAACCCGAUUCCCACCGUGGAAGAGAUCCGGAAGUAGAAAAGGAAACUAUUUUCAGAACGGAAACCACCAACCGACAUUACAUUGACAUCGUCCCCAAGCCAUGGUUGAGCAUAUGGGCCAAUAUCGUCACAAUCAAUCAUGACACCGGAUUUAUCGCGAUCUUCCUUCGUCCUUUGAAGAUGCUAUUAAGCCCUAGCGUUAUGUUUUCCAUAUUUGUAUAUGGAACCUCGCUUGCUGCUCAGAUUAUUCUGAUUUUCGCUUUUCCAAGUCUGCUCCAAUCUCCCCCGUGCCUAUUCUCGUCCAUUGGAGUAGGUCUUAUCUGUUUCAUGGGUGGAUAUGUUGCUGACCUGAUCACCGCAGCUGUAAUCAGGCGGCAUGAUGGAGCUGUAUAUUCAGAGCAGCGGCUUAUAUCCCUUAUUUCCGGGGGAUUCGUUGCGCCAGCCGGGUGCAUUGUAGUCGCUUUUGCAUGCUCGGAAAAGCUGCACUGGGUUGCUAUUGCUUUCGGCUUCGGAAUGGUAUCGUUCGGGACUGUUUACGCACCAAAUAUCGUGAUCACCUAUGUGGCUGAGGGUUAUCAAACAUUUGCUACUGAAAGCCUGGUGACUAUCAACAUUUUCAAGAUCCUGGUCGCCUUCUUAUUUUUAUUUACUGCCACUGAUUGGAUUGCUGCGCAGGGAUGGGUGCAGGUUUACAAGAUUAUGAUUAUGUUAGUUUCAACGGGUACCCUGUUGGCAAUACCCGUUUUAUUUCUUUGGGUCAAAGUUGAGAAGAGAGUACAAGCACCGUAA